AUGAGGGGUGAUGACGGCUUGGAGAUAUCGGACAGUACAAAUAAGGCUGAGCACUUUUCUCAAUUUUUCCGGUCCGUUUUCACCAGAGAAGCGGACUUUACCCCAUCUAAUUCUGAGAACAUGAGAGAUCCCACUAUCGAAAAUAUUGUGUUUCGAGAAGAAGCGAUUUUGGAAGAACUGAAAAGCUUGAAGGAAUGUAAAUCUCCCGGUCCGGACGAGAUUCCAGCAAAGCUGCUCUAUGAGCUUGCCCAACAGCUGGCCAAGCCACUAUCCUUUCUGUGCCAAAAAUCGUUUGACGCUGGAAUUCUUCCCACAGAUUGGAAGACGGCCCACAUUACACCCCUUUACAAAAGCGGUAGUCGUGCUCAGGCGACAAACUACAGACCCGUCAGUCUGACAUCAAUCUGCUGCAAAGUGAUGGAGAAAACAAUCAAAAAGGAGUUGAUGGCUUACUUGGAAACCCACAACCUCUUGUCCAAUACACAAUAUGGUUUCCGUAGGGGAAGAUCAUGUGUUACGAACUUGCUAUACACAAUGCAAAGUUGGACACGAGCACUGGACGCAAAACACACCGUGCAUGUUGCCUAUAUUGAUUUUCGGAAGGCGUUUGACAGUGUUCCGCACCAGCGUCUCCUACACAAGUUGAGAAUUAUGGGCAUCGGUGGCAAACUUCUCAAAUGGAUCGAAAAUUUCCUUGUCGGCCGCUCCCAAAUUGUCUGCGUAGAACAACAGCAAUCAAGGUGCACAUUCAUAGAGAGUGGGGUCCCACAAGGCUCGGUGCUCGGACCAACUCUCUUUCUCUUGUUCAUCAAUGAUUGCGUAGAUGGGUUGGACUGUGAUUGUGCCAUGUUUGCGGAUGACAUAAAAAUCUGGAAAGUCAUCCAGAAUGCUGCCGAUGAGACCAACUUCCAAGAAAAUCUUUGUCGGUUGGACGAGUGGUCCCGCAGAUGGCUCUUGUCCUUCAAUUUGAACAAAUGCACCAUUCUGCGCCUCGGAAAUCAGAGCCCUAGUACGCGGCAAUACCAUCUGAACGGAAUGCCACUCCGAGAAGCAGAAACUCAGAAAGAUCUCGGAGUUUGGGUUGCAGACAGCCUAAAGCCUUCUACACAAUGCUGUAAGGCGGCCAAGGCCGCAACUUCAAUGCUAUAUGCCAUCAAGCGGGCAUUCGUAGUUUUCGAUGAAGACUGCUUCACCAAAGUCUUCGGCACGUUUAUAAGGCCCCAUCUCGAAUAUGCAAUUCAGGCCUGGAGACCGUGGACGCACCAGGAUUACGAUAUGCUCGAAAGGGUGCAGAGGCGAGCCACAAAAUUAGUAAGAGGUCAAAGUGCACUGCCAUACGAGAUCCGCUUAACUAACCUUAAUCUCUAUCCUCUGAGUUAUAGGCAGUUGCGCGGAGACAUGAUACAAACUUUCCGUAUCGUGCGCGGCUUGGAUUGUGCCCUUCGGUGCGAUGACUUUUUCCAACUCGCCACCACAACUCACCUCCGGGAACAUCCCUUCAAGCUACGUGUGCCACAGGGUAGACUGAAUGUGAGAAAAUAUUUCUUCUCCAACCGUGUCGUGGAACCGUGGAAUAACCUGCCCGAGACGGUUGUUAUGUCUCAAUCUGUGGAGACAUUUAAAUGUCGCCUUGACAGAUAUAUGCUGCAGCAACAAGCGGGCUAUGUGACUUUUUAACCAUGUGACUAGUGACAUAUGUGAAUCAAUGUAUGCAUUCACUUAAUGCUGUAAUUUCUUCACAUUUUUGCUUUUUUAUCGAUUUUUUAUGUACAAAUAGGGAGUUCAAAGGCGUAAGCCUAUUUCCCUCAAAUACACUGACUGACUGACUGGCAUGGUGCUUUGGGGCGGUGUGCAAUUCCAACACCUAGCUCCGCAGCAAUGCGCUCGCUCGCUUCUGAAACGCCCUUGAUGUAUGGCAUAUCACGCCAUAUCACUAGCUUAACUUCGGAGCCACCAAAAUAGUCGGCCACGCCGGAAACAAAACAGGCCGAGAAUUGAUUGAAGCUUGGGCCUCGGAUAAGAACUCGGUCAGUCAAUCUGGCGCCGGCGUAUAGAGCCCUGCGCAGUCACCUCCAGUCUUGCGCCGUCGGUCGAUGAUUGGCCUAAAUGCCGGAUAACUGUCGCUUGUUCUGUUGCUGCUACUUUCUCUGACAAUGGACUCCCCCACGAGUCCGAAAGCUCAGGACAAUAAACAAAAAUGUUCCGAUGCUCGAAACCUCUUCUUCACUUAUACAUACACCGGUCUUGCUUGGAUUAUUGUGCAUACAGCGUGAGCGGUGACACCAAGACAAUUGAUUCAGUAUUAAAGGAAGGCUCUACAGUGAAAACUAGUCCAGAAGAUGCAGUAUCUUCAGAACCCAAUUUCGAAGGAGUUUCAGGCCGAGAAGACUCGCCUUUUACACACAACUCCGCCCGCUAGUCCUUGUGCUGCCUAGUCCCACCUCCUUCCGAGAUCCACUUCUGGGCUCUCAACCUUUGCAAAAAAACCUACAUUCACCUCUUUGUGUAAUUCCUUCAUCUCUGACCAACUUCGUUUUCCCCAUUGCCUUCGAUUUCAUAUUAGAAUAGCGUCAUUAGUCACUUCUUUCAUCCUAACUUCUCAUAUUUGAUAGUUACGCCCUUUGGUUAUUAUAUCCUCCUACUAUGUAAGUCUUACUAUUUCUUAUUUCAAGGCACACGGGUGUGUACUGGUAUCUUUGGCUCCCCUUUACUCCAGUCCUUGUAGGUCGCCUCAGUCUGCCGAUCGUUCCAGAAGCUAGUCACGUGGAUUUUCGUGCCUCCAAUAACAUGGAAAAUGUCGAGUACAUUCUUAUAUCCCACAUUCGCCUAUUUUUAGUUCCACCACGGAUUUUAAGUUCGACUUCGCCAUCGAGAAGCAAGCUCAAGACUGGCAGAAAUUAGAUGACGAGUCGAACGAACUGACUGAAUCGCAUCAGGAGGCGCCGGAGUCGCCCUUGUUUUUCUCUUAUACCAAUUUUGGCGACGAAUGGUUUACCGUGUCUGAUCCGAAAAGUGUUAAGAUAUCUUGGAUAUCCGCGCGGAGACUUGUAAAAGAUGACAUACGUAAAACAGGCAAACAUUUCUUAUGGAAUAUGAAGAAGCAACAGUCAUACUGA